AUGGAAGAUAUACUCCAGCCAUAUGUUCCUACCUACCAUGGACUGGUGAAAAGGGAAGACCAAACUUACAUCAAAAUGGGAGACCUCCUUAUGGGCUUAGAAUCACCUAGCAUCAUGGACUGCAAGAUGGGCUUUCGAACAUACUUAGAGGAUGAGCUUGCUAAAGCCCUCCUGAAGCCCACACUACGCAAAGACUUGUACAACAAAAUGGUGGCCCUGGACUCCCAGGCCCCUACACUGGAGGAACACCUGCAAAAAGCAGUUACCAAACCUCGUUACAUGCAGUGGAGAGAGAGUGUCAGCUCUACGGCAGUGCUGGGAUUUCGUAUCGAGGGUGUCACAAUUGAAGCUGGUUCUGUCAAGAAAAACUUCAAGAAGAUGAAGAGUCGAGAACAAAUCAUGGAAACAUUUGACACUUUUACAAAAAGCCGACAGGACAUCCUGUGUUAUAGUGCUGUGAAAUUUCAGAUUCAAAUCCGUGGUUUUCACUUGUAUGACUUCCCUUUAUUGUCUCAGGUGAUUGGCAGCUCCCUCCUCUUUGUUCAUGACCGUCGUGGCAACACCAACGUUUGGAUGAUUGAUUUUGGCAAAACAACUCCUGUUCCAGCACACAUUAGUUUGCGCCAUGAUGUGGCAUGGGAGCCUGGCACUCAUGAAGAUGGCUAUCUACUGGGGCUGCAAAACCUCAUUGACACUCUUCAGAAGACCAUACAAAUCGUUGAAGAGAGCAGGGAAGAGGCUGUAGAUAGCUCAGAACAUAUGGGAGAGCAAAACAUAGGUGACAAUGAAAAGAUGCUGCUGAGAGAAGAGGCCGAGGUGAAAACUACAAAUGGGGAAAAUAACGCACUCAUGGCCCCCAUACAGCCUGGAAACAGAACCCUAUGA